AAUGAAGGAAUUGUGUAAACUGCAUAGUAAUGCAAUAUACAUACAUACAUGCAUGUAUAUGUAUUUGUAUGUACAUGUAUACCACUAUAUAGUAUACAGUCAUUUUCUUUUGCUUGUGUUGCAAUGUUGAUAGUGUGGCAUUGAACACGGUGUUGGUUAGAACGUUAGGUUAGAGCAUGCGAGUUUGUGGAAUGCAUUUUACAUCAGACAAUUAUUAGAAUAUGUUUCGAUCAACGAGGUGUUUGAUAUUCGCGUUGCAUCGCGUGAAAGAUCGCGGUUGUCUGCACACGUGCUCUCAGCACUUGUCAGACGUCACCGAGUAUGAAUCUCCUAUUACAGAUGAAUAUAAAAAGGGUCCACAAGAGGGUAGAGCCCUUUAUUUGGAUGCUCAAGCUACUACCCCGCUGGAUCCUCGGGUAUUGGAUAAAAUGAUGCCAUAUAUGACAGUAUACCAUGGCAAUCCACAUUCCAGAACUCACAUGUAUGGUUGGGAGUCGGAAGCAGCAGUUGAGCAUGCUCGCAAACAAGUUGCAGAUCUCAUAGGAGCAGAUAAGAAGGAAGUGAUAUUUACAUCAGGUGCAACAGAAUGUAAUAAUAUAGCUGUAAAGGGUGUAGCAAGGUUCUACAAAUCGAGAAAAAAUCAUGUUGUGACGACCCAAACAGAGCACAAAUGUGUGUUGGAUUCAUGUAGAGCCUUGGAAGCAGAAGGAUUUGAUGUAACAUACAUUUCUGUUAAUGCAAAUGGUCUUAUCGAUCUCAACGAAUUAGAAGCAGCUAUUAAACCAACUACGUCCCUUGUUUCUGUAAUGAUGGUGAAUAAUGAAAUCGGUGUUAAACAGCCUAUCAAAGAAAUUGGCGCCAUUUGUAGGAAGAAGAAAGUUUUUUUCCAUACAGAUGCUGCACAAGCUGUUGGGAAAGUGCCAAUCAAUGUUAAUGCUAUGAAUAUUGAUCUUAUGUCUAUUAGUGGUCAUAAGUUAUAUGGUCCAAAAGGGAUUGGAGCCUUAUAUGUUAGAAGACGGCCACGAGUGCGUGUGGAGCCAUUGCAAAGUGGAGGUGGACAAGAAAGAGGAAUGAGAAGUGGCACUGUGCCUACCCCUUUAGCUGUAGGAUUGGGUGCUGCUUGUGAGCUAGCACAAACCGAAAUGGCAUACGACCACACAUACAUCAACAUGCUAUCAAAUCACCUUAUUGAGAAGAUAAUGUCAAACUUGGCGCACGUUGUGCGAAACGGCGAUCCUGUGGCUUGGUAUCCAGGCUGCGUGAAUCUAUCGUUUGCGUUUGUCGAAGGUGAAUCAUUAUUAAUGGCUCUGAAAACUGUAGCGCUUAGCAGCGGUUCGGCUUGCACCAGCGCCAGUUUAGAGCCCAGUUAUGUGCUGAGAGCGAUUGGUACUUCGGAAGAUCUGGCUCAUUCCAGUAUUAGGUUUGGCAUUGGACGAUUUACAACGCUCGAAGAAAUAAAUUUCACCGCGGACAAUACGAUAAAACAUGUGAAGCGACUUCGGGAUAUGAGCCCAUUGUGGGAAAUGAUGGAAAGUGGUGUGGACUUGAAAACUAUCAACUGGACUCAGCACUAGUGCCUCAUUAUCGCGUGUAGUCUUUACGACUUUAAGUAUACAUAGUAUGUAUGUUGAUUAAAUAUAUAUAAUAAUAUCAAUCGUAAAUUACAUUAAUAGAUCAAGCCUAGUCGAGCAAGAGGUAUAAUUUCUUACAACGUAUAAUAAUAAAUUUUUAUUUAAAAGUCUUCACCGUCAUGUAUGUUAGAUUCGAUCUGUGAUCGCGAUACGUCAUUAUAUAUGUACAUCACGUUCGUACAUUCUUCCAUCCUCUCUUUUUGUAACUUUUCCUCAUAGAAAAGUCACAUGUGAUAGAUGUUUGAUAUAAAAAUUUAUGUUAUAAUUCAUGUUGAGCCUUGGUAGUUCUCAAAGAAUUACACAUGUCGUGUUUGUGAUCACAGAUUAACAUAAACAUGACGGGUCAGCUGCUUCGUCGAUGUAGGAAAUUUUAAAUCGAUCCUUGUCCAUCUCGUGAAGUUCCAUUCGCGACCGAUUAGCUUCCACCAGAUGUUGUGCUAUAUCCUCAAACAUCUCAUUAAUUCCUUCACCAGUUUUACACGAAGUUUUGUAUAUUCCCGAAAUCAGAUUAUGACAUUGUUCACUGGAAAAGAUUCAUCUUUCUCACAAUUUAUAUCAAAACUUAAUUUAAGCUAAUUAUAAGAGAGAACUAUUAACAAUCAUUACCAAAAUUGUUCCAUCUCUGCAUCUGUGACUUGCGGUGCAACGCUUUCCACAUCACUUUUGUUCCCACAAAGGAAUAUUUUUGCAUUUUCUGCAUAUGUAACUAUGUCAAGCAAGUGUUGAGAUAAUAAAUGAAACGACGUUGAGUUA